AUGGAGGAAGAUAGCUGGGUAGAAGAUGCAAAACUGCCAAAUCCAAUAGCAAAACCGUCCGUUCUUGUGAUAAACAAUCGAAUUAUCUGCGUUGGAGGAAUCAUAAAUUCGCACGAUCCAUCGGAUAGAGUCGAAGUCUUCGAUGGAGAAAAAUGGACGACUCAAAGUUUGCUGCCAGAAGGUCUUAUGGGAAUCGCAGCUGUGAAUAUUUCUGAAAAUGAGGGGAUCAUUAUGGGUGGGAUGGCUUCAGGUAAAACUAAAAGAAUCUCGAUGAAUAGUUCAAGAUAUGACUUGCACGUGACUUUGUACGGACAAAAUGUCUUCGCCGUCGGAGGCAGGUGCGGAAAACAACCAGUAGCGGCAGUCGAGUCUUUCGAUAUUGAAUUGAAUCAAUGGACUUCUUGGAUGAAUCUGCCAAGUCCAACUGCUCUUUCAAGCUUUGGUUGUUCGAGAGGAAUGAUGGUCAUUGCUGGUGGUCUUAAAGUUUCUCAAGCGAAUCACGAUGGCUUUUGCAAGAAAGUUUCAUUCCUUGACAUCACGAAAAAGGCCUCAAUCUCUGACUGGACCGGGCAACGACGAUGGAGCCUUCUUCAACCAAGAGGUUCUUGCCAAACUUGCUCCAUCGAUGGCUGGUUUAUCAAUCUUGGCGGAAUCAACAACGAAGGAAAGCCAGCGGAUCAAGUCGAGACAAUCAACCUCCGAGAGCCUGCAAAUCGUUUUCAGCCCCUCCCAAACCUUCCCUAUCCGAUCGCCUGUGCAACUACCCUUUUGACCAAAGACGCUUUCUACUUUCUCGGCGGUAUCAGUUCCUUUGGACCGACAACAUCUUGUUUGAAAGUCUAUUUCGAGCGUGAUCCAAACUGCAUCCUUUUCGAUGAUCUUGCAAAUAAAACACCAACAGGCGUCGAUGCCUGA